GAUGUGAUGGCUGGCUGGCUUGCCCUGCACUUGACCUUGACAGAACAUUGGAGAGGCCAGGCAUCUCACCCAUUAUCACAUGGGCCGGUCUUCUGUGUGUAUGCCAUCCCUGCUUUGUCUCCAGAAUCUGGGAUGAGGAUGCUGAGGCCCAGAGAGGGGAAGUGACUUGCCUAGGAUCACAGAGUAGGAAGAGGUGGAGCAGGGCCUUUGGUCCACGACCCCCAACUCCACACCUGGUGUUUGCUGAGACCCCAGGCUGCUUCCCAGGUCCUCUGGGGCAGCCCCUGCCUUCCACCAGCCAGGACCAUGGGCAGCAACAAGAGCAAGCCCAAGGAUGCCAGCCAGCGGCGCCGCAGCCUGGAGCCUGCUGAGAACGCCCAUGGUGGUGGCGGUGGGGGUGCCUUCCCCACCUCACAGACGCCCAGCAAGCCAGCCUCCACUGAUGGCCACCGGGGCCCCAACACGGCCUUCUCCCCCGCUGCUGCGGAGCCCAAGCUGUUUGGCGGCUUCAACUCCUCGGACACAGUCACUUCCCCGCAGAGGGCGGGGCCGCUGGCCGGUGGAGUGACCACCUUUGUGGCCCUCUAUGACUAUGAGUCACGGACAGAGACUGACCUAUCCUUCAAGAAAGGGGAACGGCUCCAGAUUGUCAACAACACGAGGAAGGUGGAUGUCAGAGAGGGAGACUGGUGGCUGGCCCACUCGCUCAGCACGGGGCAGACGGGCUACAUCCCCAGCAACUACGUGGCACCCUCCGACUCCAUCCAGGCUGAGGAGUGGUACUUCGGCAAGAUCACCAGACGGGAGUCAGAACGGUUACUGCUCAAUACGGAGAACCCGAGAGGGACCUUCCUAGUGCGAGAAAGUGAGACCACGAAAGGCGCCUACUGCCUCUCAGUGUCCGACUUCGACAACGCCAAGGGCCUCAAUGUGAAGCACUACAAGAUCCGCAAGCUGGACAGCGGCGGCUUCUACAUCACCUCUCGCACCCAGUUCAAUAGCCUGCAGCAGCUGGUAGCCUACUACUCCAAAUAUGCCGAUGGCUUGUGCCACCGACUCACCACUGUGUGCCCCACAUCCAAGCCACAGACUCAGGGCCUGGCCAAGGACGCCUGGGAGAUCCCCCGGGAGUCGCUGCGGCUGGAGGUCAAGCUGGGCCAGGGCUGCUUUGGAGAGGUGUGGAUGGGCACCUGGAACGGCACCACCAGGGUGGCCAUCAAGACCCUGAAGCCAGGCACGAUGUCUCCAGAAGCCUUCCUGCAGGAGGCCCAGGUCAUGAAGAAACUGAGGCAUGAGAAGCUGGUGCAGCUGUAUGCCGUGGUCUCUGAGGAGCCCAUCUACAUCGUCACAGAGUACAUGAGCAAGGGGAGUUUGCUGGACUUUCUCAAGGGGGAGACGGGCAAGUACCUGCGGCUGCCUCAGCUGGUGGACAUGGCUGCUCAGAUCGCCUCAGGCAUGGCGUACGUGGAGCGGAUGAACUAUGUCCACCGGGACCUCCGUGCUGCCAACAUCCUGGUUGGGGAGAACCUCGUGUGCAAAGUGGCUGACUUCGGCCUGGCUCGGCUCAUCGAAGACAACGAGUACACAGCCCGGCAAGGUGCCAAGUUCCCCAUCAAGUGGACAGCUCCGGAAGCCGCCCUCUACGGCCGGUUCACCAUCAAGUCAGACGUGUGGUCCUUUGGGAUCCUGCUGACAGAGCUCACGACAAAGGGGCGGGUGCCCUACCCUGGGAUGGUAAACCGUGAGGUGCUGGACCAGGUGGAGCGAGGCUACCGGAUGCCCUGCCCGCCUGAGUGCCCCGAGUCCCUGCACGACCUCAUGUGCCAGUGCUGGCGGAAGGAGCCGGAGGAACGGCCCACCUUCGAGUACCUGCAGGCCUUCCUGGAGGACUAUUUCACGUCCACGGAGCCCCAGUAUCAGCCUGGAGAGAACCUAUAGGGAGCAGGCUACAGGGCCAGACUGGCUUCUCGGCUUGGAUCUGGGGCUGGGUGACCCCGUGGGUCCUGCCUCCUUCUGCCUGCCCGCUGUAGAUCCUCUGUGAGGCUGAGUUGCCAGUGAUGAGGCCUCUCCUUUUGUGGCAUGGAAGGGCCUAGGGCUGGGCGCAGCCCCGAGGGCAGGCUCCGAGGCUGGCACAGUGACUGUGUCCCGGCUCUGGUUCCGGCUCCAGCCACGUGCCUCCUCGUGCACCUUCCGGAGCUCUGUGUUAUGGCAGGAGGACCUGGGAAGAAGGGCUGGGGCUGAGGGCUCCCUUUCCCGGCCUCAACCGACUUUACACAUUGGCUCCUUCCCACUUCCGUGCCACCCAGGUCUGCCUGCUGAGCUGGCCAAAGAGCCUUUCCAAAGAAAAGUGAUAGGCCCUCGGCCGUCAGCCUGCCUGAUACCUGCCCCUUGCGGUCCAUUUCAGAAACACUUUUUUGUGGAGGCCACUGGGUCCAGACCCCUCUGCCAUGGCUCCCAAGCAGGAGGCCUAGACUGACUUGAUGAUGGUGGGUGGGGUGGGCACCCUCUCAAACCCUGCCCUUCUUAGACCCAAGAGACCCUUAGAGAUCGUCACUUCCUUGUCCCCUGUUACCAAUGGGGAAACAGUCCAGAGAGGUUGACUUACCCAAGGCCACAGAGCAGUCAGGGUUGAGGUGGGAUCAGAACCCGGUGCUCCCUCUGUCUUCCUCAGGAACCAACACGCUUGUCCUCAGAGGCAUCAUGGACAGACUGUGGCAGCCCAAGGGACAAGGGGCCUGAGGGUGGGUUAGAGACAGCAGAGAGUCCUGCUGCUGUUUCCCGCUUAGCGGGACUGUUGUGGGCAGAGAGUAGAGGUGGAUGUGGGGCUGAACUAGGAAUGAGGGGUGGAGGUGCAGGUCUAGAGAGGCAGACUUGAAUCAGAAUGUGGGUAGAUCUUGACCUUCAGGGCUAGCCAACCAUGAAAGGGAGUGAGCUCCCAGGCUCUGGAGGCAAUCAAGCAGAAAUAGAAGUUCCAAGUGGUUGGGAAGCUUUGGCCCUGGCCUUAGGAGGGAACCCUAGGUUGUCUGCCCAGUUUGUCCUGUGUCAUUUCAACUCCUGGUCCCUGCUCUCCUCCCCAAGUUGGCACCUCUAAACUCAUGAGUAGGGACGGGAAUGCCUAGGCUGGGUGAGAGGACGAGGGUGUCCGCUGCCGUGCACCAGGACUGGCUGUGGACCUGGGGUGGACCGUGCUGCUUCUCUGCGUUGCAGUGUCUGCCUCCAUCGGUGGCCACGGCCUCUGCCAUUGCUCCACUCCUGUCCAGACGCCGUGGCCUGGCAUCCCACAGAGAGCACAGGCUGGGUGUCAGGAGACUGUUUUGGCCCUAGCUCUGCUGUUCAGGCUGAGGGUGUGGGUGGCAUCUUCCUGGGCCUCAGUGUGCUCCUCUUAAAGGGGGUGGCUGACAGUUUGUGGGCAGCUUGCCAAGGGCCUCUGUGUGUGUGUGUAUGUGUGUGUGUGCACGUGUGUGUUCCUCCAUGUGUGUCCAUAUUUAACAUGUAAAAAUGCCCCUUACUCUGUCCCCCAGACACAUUGUACAUUUCACCCACAGCCCCCCCUCAUAGCAAUAACAUUCCUGCUGCCAGGGAUUCUUGAGCCAGCCAGCGGGGAAGGAGGCCAAGCGGUGCCUGCCUAUGAAAUUUCAACUUUUCCUUUCAUACAUGUUUAUUACCCAAGUCUUCUGUCUGUCCCAGUCCCAAAUCUGGGCUCGCAUACAACAGCGUGCUCCCAAAUCCCCUUCUAAAUGCCCAAGGCCCUUUGUAUAAGGUGUCCGGAUACUGUCCUUUUUUUAAAGCAAGAAAACAACAAACAAACAAACAAACAGUGUUUUGUAGAUUCCAGAUGACUAUGCAGAGGCCUAGGGGACCCCUGGCUCUGGGCAGGGCCUACGGUUCCCACAUUCCAUGGCCCAGGCUUGGGGGGAGGGAGAGGGAACCCAGAAUUGGUUGUAAAUACUUUGCAUAUUGUCUGAUUAAACACAAA